UUGAAGUCAGAGCUGCGUGCAAUCACCCACCCUCAUAUUAACCAACAGUCCUCUCCAGCGUUUAGGUUGUACACAAAGUGCUGCAGAUUUUAUACACUUUUUGAUUUAAUGACCUCUCUGCUGAGGAACUGAAGAACUACAACGGUCAUGUUGUCGGCAGAAGCUGGAUGUGUGUUUGUGGGAUUUAUCCUGUAUAUCUCAGGGGCUCAGGGACGAGAAAACAGCAUCUGUGCCUUAAAAGGUACAUCAGUGUAUCUAAACUGCUCAGCUAAACGUGGCACUUCAAGCAACAAAUGGUACACUGUGCGCUGGAAUGGUUCCACAUAUACUCAGAAUGAGCUCUCUGCAGAUGGAUAUAGUGUAUCAUACAACAUGUCUGAAAAAAGACCAACUUUAAAAAUCAAUGAUGUGAGAGAGAGUGAUGCAAACAAAUACUGCUGCAGAGAGACGGCUGACAACCCACAACUCUGCUGGCGCAACAGCACUGGGCUCCGUGUUACAGACCUGCAGGUGAAGGUGAUUCCCACCACAGAGGGACAGACAGUAACACUGAUAUGCAGCACCAGCUGUCCUCUGACUGAAAACCCUGCAGCCUACAUCUGGUACAAGAACAGAGAGUUCCUCUAUCAGGACUGGUCUCCCUGGUACCACCAGCUGGUCAGCAGUGAGGAAGCAGUCACAUACUCCUGUGCUAUCAAAGGCUACGAGCAUCUCAGAGCUCCUAAAGUCUCAGUGGAUUCUGUCACAUCGACCUGCUUUACUGUGACCUAUGCUGGAGGGAGGAUGUGUUCUGAUAGGCAGACACCCUGCUCCAUCACAUAUCCCAGAGAAGUAAAAGUUCAAAGGAAUUCUACAUCUGCAACCUGUACCACCAGCUGUCCUGUGACCAACUCUAAACCUGCCGAUAGGUUGAACCAGAAGACAAAAUCACACUCUGAGAGUCAACAGCAGAGAGAGUCCAGCUCUGCUCAAAGCUUCUACUGUGCUGUGAAAGACCUCGAGGAUCUGCUGUCUGAAUUCUGUACUGAAGAUAAUAACUGCACGAGUGUGAAUUAUGUCACAAGGAGAAUCUGUGCUCUGCCAGGCUCUUCAGUGAACAUUACAAGCCUGAGAGUGAGGGUGCAUCCUGCAGAGGUGACAGAGGGCCAAAAUGUCACUCUGAGCUGCAUUACCAGCUGUCCUCUGCCUCGCAACACAACCUACAUCUGGUACCUGAACAGUCGACCCCUGACCAAGCCAAGAAAGCACAACAAGACACUGAUACUCCGUUCAGUCAGCAGUCGGCAUGCAGGAAACUACUCCUGUGCUGUUGAAGGUGGCAUUACAUCUGGUGAAAAAACUCUCACUGUCCAAAAUGUUAAAGGGAGACGAGCAGCAGCAGCCGCCACAGGAGUCUGUAUUGUUCUCCUGGUUACCAUACUUCUCAUUGUCUUCCUCUGGAUUAGAGAGAAGAGGACUUCAGGUCAGUCUCCUGAAACUGAAACAAUGGACAACACAGAGCAGCGAAACCUUGGUCAUGUGUAUGAAAACAUCUCAGCUCGACCAACAGAGCAGGAGGAAUUUCACUACAGCAGAGUCCACUUCUCUGUGACCCAGCCAGAUACCCUUUACUCCACCAUCCAACCACAUCAGCCCGAACAACAGGAGCACGUCGCUUAUGCUACUGUCAACUGUAGACCUAACAUGACCCCUGAGUGAGCAUCUCUUACCAUUACAACUGACUCAGCGGACUUAUUCAUCAUUAUCAGUGGUACUAUUUUCAACAACCACACCUUUCACGAUUUAAGACCUCUAGUCUCCACCAGUAUUUUACUUCACUCCAUGCUAAUGUGAACCAGGUGUUGCCCAAAAAGCCUAAACCUCGCAAGCUAAAGCUAAUCACUUUUAAACAUCUGUCAGAGAAACAGGCCAACUGUCUCUGAAGAAACAGCAAUGCCUCAUAUUAGUUGGCUUUGAUCACUGCAUGUGCUAAAAAGCCUAACCACAAAGACAAAUGUGUGAAAUGCUGCCUCAGUGACACAUUAACUGUCUUUUCUAAAAAUGACACGCAACAAACUUGAAGACGUCAAAACACCAGUAACACCAGAAGUCACACAUAUUCCACGAUGUCGGAUUUAAGUAGAACAGCAGCUAAAGAGCUAAACAUCAGUGCAGCACAGUAUAAAACACAUAUAACAUCGUACAAAAGAUUUAUGAACAGAUUCAUGAUGUAAAGGUGAAAAGGCAGCAGAUUAUGUUCUUCACUGGUCCUCUCACUGCUGAAUCAUUUGUAAUGAACUUUUAAGGCAGGUUAAGUCGCCUCUCAAGGGCUGAUAUGCUGUACAGAUGACUUGAAAUUAUGUCUUAAAUAGAUUGAGCAACAGUGUUACCAGACCACAAUGCAAUGCUGAAAUGUGGGUGGCUCUGUCAUGUAAGCUUAUUGACACAUUUUGGGGGUGUUUCCU